AUGUCAACAAGGCCUUUUGAAAGUCCACCUCCUUAUAGACCAGAUGAAUUCAAACCAAAUCAUUAUGCACCGGGCAAUGACAUGUACGAUGGGGAAAUGCACGUUCGACCAAUGCUCUCGCAGCCAGCAUAUUCCUUUUACCCGGAAGAUGAAAUUCUUCACUUCUACAAGUGGACGUCCCCUCCUGGAGUGAUUCGGAUUCUGACCAUGCUCAUCAUUGUCAUGUGCAUUGCCAUAUUUGCCUGUGUUGCCUCCACACUUGCCUGGGACCGAGGCUAUGGAACCGGCAUCUUUAGUAGUGGAGGCUACCCUUACGGAAGUGGCUUUGGUAGCUAUGGAAGUAGCUAUGGCUAUGGCUAUGGCUACGGUUAUGGGUAUGGAGCAGGGUAUACGGAUCCAAGAGCAGCAAAGGGCUUCCUGUUGGCCAUGGCUGCUUUUUGUUUCAUUGCCUCAUUGGCGAUAUUUGUUACCAGUGUUAUAAGAUCUGGAAUGUCCAGAACAAGAAGAUAUUACUUGACUGUGAUCAUAGUGAGUGCUGUUCUGGGCAUCAUGGUGUUUAUUGCCACAAUUGUCUACAUCAUGGGAGUCAACCCAACUGCCCAGACUUCUGGAUCCCUGUACGGUUCACAGAUAUAUGCCCUGUGCAAUCAGUUUUACACUGGAGCUACUGGACUCUAUGUGGAUCAAUAUUUGUAUCACUACUGUGUGGUGGAUCCCCAGGAGGCUAUUGCCAUCGUACUGGGCUUCAUGAUUAUCGUGGCUUUUGCUUUAAUGAUUUUUUUUGCUGUGAAAACAAGAAGUAAGAUAGACCGGUAUGGCAAGUCCAAUAUUUUGUGGGACAAGGAACACAUUUAUAAUGAGCAGCCCCCUAAUGUGGAAGAGUGGGUUAAAAAUGUGUCUGCAGGCACACAAGACAUGCCUCCACCCCUGUCUGCCCCAUCUGACUAUGUGGACAGAGUUGACAGUUCAAUGGCUUACUCCUCCAAUGGCAAAGUGAAUGGUCGCAAACAGUCGUAUCCAGAAUCUUCCUACAAAUCAACACCACCGGUGCCCGAAGUGGCCCACGAGCUUCCCCUGACUUCACCUGUGGACGACUUCAGGCAGUCUCAUUACAGCAUCAGUGGUAACUUAGAGAUGCCUUCAAAAAGUGCUCCCAUGAAGGGACGAGCAGGAAUGUCAAAGAAAGCCGAGCAAGACCACUAUGAGACGGACUACACGACGGGCGGCGAGUCCUGCGAUGAGCUGGAAGAAGACUGGAUCAGGUAGCACACUCUGGGAUACCCACCUAUCACCUCCGAUCACCAAAGACAACUCUACAAGAGAAAUUUUGACACUGGCCUCCAGGAAUACAAGAGUUUACAAACAGAACUUGAUGAGGUCAAUAAAGAACUCUCUCGUCUAGAUAAAGAACUGGAUGACUACAGAGAAGAAAGUGAAGAGUACAUGGCUGCUGCUGAUGAAUACAAUAGACUGAAGCAAGUUAAGAGAUCUGCAGAUUAUAAAAAUAAGAAGAAUUAUUGCAAGCAGCUGAAGAGCAAAUUGUCACACAUCAAGAAGAUGGUUGGAGACUAUGACAGACGGAAAACAUAG